CUAACUAACGCCUGGCAGCAACAGGGUGCAUUCAUUGUGCAGAAUCUGCCUUUUUCCUCAAGUUUUUUCAGAGCCCAGACUGCUACUGUUAUUAAAGGCAAGGAGAAAGGAAGUAGCGGCAGGCUAGCUGGUUAGUCGAGUUAUAAUCACUCCGUCUAUUAUGAUAUAGUUGACUUUUCGGUCCUAUUUUUUUUUCUCUUCGAAUUUUUUUGUUUUGUUUGUUUUUAAAUUGAAACGUCAAAAAGGAGGAUGCGGAUAUGGCUUUUUCUCGAGCUGUUUGGUCUUUCAGACCCUGAAACUGUCUCAACAGUGAGCUUUGUCUGAGUCCACCGAUGCUGUUAGCCUGCUUGAAUCAACUCACUCUUGCUUCCUAUCAGAGGAGAAGAAAACCAAGAAACAACUGAAAAAGCAGCGUCGUGAAUUUAGACGAAUAAUCGGUCGGUUCGCGGGGAAUGCUGCUGCUGUGAGGAUUACACCAGGACAAUGAGACAAACAGCAGGAAAAGGCCCGCAGCUGCUCCACAUCUCCGGUUUGUUAGGCUAAAUCAGUGGAGGAAGUGCUUCCUGAAAUAGGGACCUAAGUUAGGUGCUGCGUGGUGAGACAGAGGCAGUGCAUGUGCGGCAUGCUGAGGCCACCCCCCCUGGCUCAGGAUGAGUGUCAGAGAUGGCGCUGCCACCAUGGCAACAAACGCAGGUGGAGGAGGAGGAGGGGGAGGGUGGUCUAACGAUCCCGAUGACCGCAUGUACCUGCUUCAGAUCUACCCACGGCUCGCUGCCCAGUCCUCCACCUGCUGCAACCUUAGCGUGCAGAAGAAUGCAACAACAGCCUCUGUAAUCGCGGAUGCUGCUGCAGCGCUGGGGCUGGACCCCGGCCGUCUGUAUGUUUUGGCAGAGGUGAAGGAAAGCGGCGGGGAGGAGUGGAUACUGGAGGCCGGAGACUUACCCGUACAGAGGGUUCUGCUUUGGCCUCGAAAAGCUCAGGAGCAACACCCUCAGAGCUUUGGCUUUUACUUUUUGCUACAGGAGAGGAACCAUGAUGGCUCCAUCCAUUAUGUUCACCUCCCACCUUUGUCUAAGGAACAAGAGGUACAGCGGCUCGCUGCAAGGGGCUUCCUUCCUCCUCCCCAGGAUGACUUUGCAGACCUCUGCAACCUGCCCAUCCUCAGUGAGGACAGCAUAUUAAACAAUCUACGCACACGAUUUUUCAAGAAAAAAAUCUACACCUAUGCAGGCAGCAUCCUCGUCGCCAUCAACCCGUUCAAGUUUCUGCCCAUCUACAACCCCAAAUACGUCAAGAUGUACGAGAAGCAUCAGCUAGGCAAACUGGAGCCUCAUAUUUUCGCCAUUGCCGAUGUGGCCUACUACGCCAUGCUCAGGAAGAGGGUCAACCAGUGCAUCGUCAUCUCUGGGGAGAGCGGUUCAGGCAAGACCCAAAGCACCAACUUCCUGAUCCACUGUUUGACUGCGCUCAGCCAGAAGGGCUACGCCAGCGGGGUGGAGAGGACCAUCCUGGGAGCUGGACCAGUCCUGGAGGCCUUUGGUAACGCCAAGACGGCCCACAACAACAACUCCAGUCGCUUUGGUAAAUUCAUCCAGGUUAAUUAUCUGGAGAGCGGAGUAGUCCGAGGGGCUGUGGUGGAGAAGUACCUCCUGGAAAAGUCUCGCCUGGUCUCCAGAGAAAAGAACGAGAGGAACUACCACGUGUUUUACUACGUGCUGCUGGGUGCUUCAGAGGAGGAAAGAACAGAGUUUAAAUUGCUGCCGCCUGAAGAGUACUCCUAUCUCAAGCAGGAAAAUUUUAAGAUUGAAGAUGAGGAGGAUUUGCGUCAUGACUUUGAAAGGCUGCAGCAGGCAAUGGAGAUGGUUGGCUUCCUUCCAGCCACAAAAAAACAGAUCUUCACUGUGCUCUCCGCUAUCCUGUAUCUUGGCAACGUGACGUAUAGAAGAAAGUCAUCGGGUCGGGAUGAAGGGUUGGAUGUAGGACCACCUGAAGUCCUGGCAACUCUCUCUGACCUGCUGAAGGUCAAAGAGGAACUGCUGGUUGAGGCGCUGACGAAGAGGAAAACAGUGACCGUCAACGACAAGCUGAUUCUUCCCUACAGCCACUCUGAGGCGAUCACAGCCAGAGACUCCAUGGCCAAGUCUCUUUACGGUGCGUUGUUUGACUGGAUAGUGCUGCGCAUCAACCACGCACUCCUCAACAAGAAAGACAUGGAAGAAUCUGUCCCCUGCUUGUCCAUCGGUGUCCUGGACAUUUUUGGCUUCGAGGAUUUUGAAACCAACAGCUUUGAGCAGUUCUGCAUCAACUAUGCAAACGAGCAGCUGCAGUAUUACUUUAACAAUCACAUUUUUAAUCUGGAGCAGGACGAGUAUCAAUCUGAGGGAAUCACCUGGCACAACAUUGACUACACAGACAACGUGGGCUGCAUCCAUCUCAUCAGCAAGAAGCCCACCGGCCUCUUGUACCUCCUGGAUGAGGAGAGCAACUUUCCGCAUGCAACAGAUAAGACCUUGUUGGCCAAAUUCAAGCAGCAGCACCAGGUCAACAAGUACUUCGUACCCACGCCAGUCAUGGAGCCCGCCUUUGUCAUCCAGCACUUUGCAGGGAAAGUCAAAUAUCACAUCAAGGAUUUCCGGGAGAAGAACACUGACCACAUGCGUCCAGACAUCGUUGCGCUGUUGCGCAGCAGCGACAGAGCUUUCGUACGGCAGCUCAUUGGCAUGGACCCAGUGGCCAUGUUUCGGUGGGGCAUCCUGAGAGCCACCAUCAGGGGCCUGGCUGCUUUCAAUGAGGCGGGUCGCUCCUGGGGUGCGAAAACAGCAGGUGUCAUCCGUCCAGCUUCCAGAACUCCUUUAGGAGAGCUUCAGCGCUCCAAUGCCCCAAUAGAAAGAAUGUAUAAACGAGCUUCUAUGCUCGAUUUCUACUUUGAUCACUCAGAGGAGCGCCCUCUAGAGGCCUUCGAAGACAUCUUUGCUAGCUAUGAGAAUAAGAAAGAAAUGCAUUCAGAGAUCAUCAGCUCCAUAAAGAACUUGCAGCUGGACGGGGAGGACCCUCGCAAGCUGUUGCAAUCCUGGGGUCGCCUCCGCUUCCCACGUCACGUCCUCCAGAAACACAAGAGUGUCAAGCAGAAGCAGCCCAUUCCCAAGAGUUUGCUGGAUUCACACUCCCUGAAGUUCAUUGUGAGUCUGACGCUGCACGAUCGUACUACAAAGUCCCUGCUCCACCUGCACAAGAAGAAGAAGCCGCCCAGCAUCAGUGCUCAGUUCCAGAACUCUCUGACCAAACUCUUGGCAACUCUGAACAAAGCCGAGCCUUUCUUCAUUCGCUGCAUCCGCUCCAAUGCAGAGAAGAAGGAGAUGCAUCUGGACGAGGCCUUGGUGCUUCAGCAGCUGCAUUACACGGGGAUGCUGGAAACUGUUCGCAUCAGGAGGUCAGGCUACCCGGCCAAGUAUACAUUCCAGGAGUUUAUAGAGCAGUUCAGGGUUCUGCUGCCGAAGAACUCCUCCGCUUCGGAAGAAGACAUUGCAGAGCUGCUGAAGACGAAAAUGGGCCUCAACCCAACCACAUACCAGAUUGGCAAGACUAAGGUCUUCUUAAAGGAGCUGGAGCGACAGCAGCUGCAGGACACGCUGCACAAGGAAGUGAUGCGGAAGAUCAUCUUCCUCCAGCGCUGGUUCAGAGCUCGCCUGCAGAGGAACGAGUUCAUAGAAAUAAGAAGAGCAGCCAUCUUGAUCCAGGCUUCAUGGCGUAGGUACUGCAGAGAGGAGCAACGGCAACGGGCAGCAGCUCUGAUCCAAGCUGCGUGGAGAGGACACAGACAGAGAUCUGAGUACCACCGACAGAGACAUGGAGCAACAAAAAUACAAGCUCUAGUCAGAGGACACUCAGCACGCAGGAGGUGUCAGUCCAUUCGUGAGGAGAUCAGAAAGAAAGAGGAGGCCAGGAUAAGAGCAGAAGAAGAGAGGAGGAGGAGGAGGGAAGAGGAGGAAGAGGCUAGGAGAAAAGCAGAAGAUGAAGAGAGAUUGCGAAUAAAAGAAGAGGUGCGGAGAAAGGCGGUGGAGGAAGCAGCAAGAAAAGCCCAGGAAGCCCAGAAGAAAAUUGAGAAAGAGGAGCAAAAACAGGCGAGAGAGCCUCAGACAAGAGAGGAUCCAGAUAUUGAACUGGUCACAGAAGAGAUGCUGGAUGAAACCGUCCCAGGGGAGGAGCAGGGGAAAGAUGAAGAGGUGGAGGAUGAGGAGGAGGAUUUGGAUCCUUGUGGUACAGAGGCUGAGGCUGGACCCCAGCUAGAUGAGGAGGAGGAAGAACCUGGUCUGCCCUCAGAUGAGGUCACCCAAAACGCACUUACAACUAAAUCCCCACCUCAAGGGGAUAAAAAAUCCAGCAUUACCUCCACAAAAUCUCAACAUGCUGAACUAAAGACGCCACAGUCUGGCCUUAACAAGGCCCUUUCAUCUAGGAGCCUAGAGAAGAGGGAGCAAAGGAGACAAAGAGGCCUGGAGCACAGUAAGAGAGAGUCUGAACGAGCCGCUAUAUCCUCCUCAUCAUCAUCAGCCACCAACCGAGAUCAGACAUCCCCGGCGAAGAGCCGAAAUCAGGAGACAUCCAAGCUGAAGGAGCGCUCGGACAGCAAGGAGCUGGACCAGUACACUUUCGUGGCCUGGAAGAUGAAGGACGAGAAAGGAGGAAAGAAGGAGGGGAAAACCUCUCCUCCCUCUGCCGGUCCUGUCCGUCCAUCCACGUUACCCCUGCAGCCUGCUGACUCUGCACAGGACAAAAAUGGUUUCAAGGAAGGUGUCGGGGCUGUGAAUCUGCAACGCCGCUCUGGCGCCAUUAAGGAGAAGCCAGAGAAAUGGAGGGAAAGGAGUAACGGGGAGAACUCUGAGAGCACCUGGUCUCUUCCACUUCACAACCAAGAAGAGAAUAUAAAGAAACCAUUGCUGAGGGAAGCAUCCCAGUCCUCCAUCGACAGUUUGUCUCCAAGUUCUGAAGGAGCCUGGGCGGUUUCUGUCAGAGACCCCUGGGCCAUGGCAGUCAGAGAGGUGACUCCUUCACAAGAAGGUCAUGGUGACACCUCAAGAUCAGGCUCCUUCAGAAAGAGACAUCAAGAGGGUUCUGGGCAUCCAGAGUCAAUGCACUCCAAUGCAACCACACCAGACAGGUCAGGCGGCUUCUUCAGCAAGAUUUUAAAAAAAAGAACCAAAGAGGCCCAGACUCCAGACAACGGAGAGCUGACGUUUGCUCAGAGUCUUAAUGACAAGGCAACACUCGGGGAAGCACCUCCUCACGGCCCCUCGGCGCGUCCCCUUUCUCAGCCGCACGGUGACCGAAUGAAUAAGAGUUUAGGCAGGAACCCUACGAUUAAGAUCAGCCGCGCCACCCGAGUUUCAGAGCAGUGGGACGCCUCGCUGGACCGAGUGAUAACGAACGCCAACGAGCUGCGGAACCUCGACGAGUUUCUUGGCAACCAGGUGAAUGAUUUCCGCUCCAGAGGCAAGUCGCUGUCACCUACAGAGUCCAUCUUUGUCACUGCCACUAUGCAGUUCAGAGAGCACAUCAAAUCUAUGUAUUCUCUCCCAAAUCCUACCAUCGGCUACAAAGCACUGAUGACGGGCUUCAAGAACAAAGUGAUCCACCUCGCCACAGACAAGCAGCAGGAAGAUGUUCAGUUAGUGGUCAACCUGUUCCAGUCGGUGCUGGAUGGUUUUAUCAGAGGAGAGGUGAAGAAGGAGGAAGCUGAGCCCGCCAAGCCUAAAGCCAGAAAGAAAAGGAGGAAAAAAGAUAAAAUCAUGGAGUCCCUGCUGAACCACGGUUUUAUCAACUAUCAGGUCAGCAUCAUGCAGUCGUGUGACCAGUGCAGCUCUUACAUCUGGGGCAUGGAGAAAGCCUACAUGUGCAGCAAUUGUAAAAUGGUAUGCCACAAGAAGUGCCUUAGUAAAAUAGCCAUCAACUGCUCCAGCUUCUGUGCCAAAAAGAAUGACGAAGAGGUCGCCGGACAUCACUUCGGGGUGCGUGUUUGUCAUCUGGUGAGCGAGAAGAACCCAGUGCCAAUGGUGCUGGAGAUCAUGCUGGAGCAUGUGGAGAUGCACGGUCUCUACACAGAGGGCAUCUACCGCAAAUCGGGCGCCGCCAACCGCUUGAAAGAGCUGCACCAGCGUCUGGAGACAGACCCUCAUUUGGUCAGCCUUGAGGAGUAUCCCAUCCACACAGUGACUGGCCUGGUGAAGCAGUGGCUGAGGGAGCUGCCAGACCCACUCAUGACCUUCGCACAUUACAAUGACUUCCUGCAUGCAGUGGAACUGCCGGAGAAGCAGGAGCAGCUUCAAGCCAUUUACAAAGUUCUGGAGGAACUCCCCACAGCAAACUUCAACACAUUAGAGCGGCUCAUCUUCCACCUUGUCAGGGUCUCUAAGGAAGAGGCACAUAAUCGCAUGUCCCCCAACUCGUUGGCCAUAGUGUUUGCACCGUGUAUCUUGCGUUGUCCCAACACAGCUGACCCGCUGCUCAGCAUGAAGGACGUUGGAAAAACCACAACGUGUGUGGAGAUGCUCGUCAUUGAGCAGAUCAGGCGCUACAAUGAGAAGAUGGAGGAGAUAGAGCAGCUGGAGUACGCUGAGGCUCUAGCUGUUAACCAGCUGAAACUCAAGAGGAAGAACACACACUGCCGGCAUUUACCUCUCAGGUUCUCAGCUCCUAACAAAGGAGUGGUGAUUCGUGAGAAGGUCAGUUCCGAUCUCAGCGCGGUUCCCGAGAACGAGCCGCUGGACUCGGACACUGAGACCGAGAACAACCUGGUGGAACGCAUCAAGUCCAUCAAACAGGAGAAAGAGGAACUCGCUUUUCGGCUGCCAGAGAUGGAGCAGCCUGGUUCAGACCAGGAAAACCUGGACUCCGAAGCUUCUCUGAGCUCCGAGAGUCUUCUGGAUGAACAGCAGCAGCGCUCGUCCGCGCACAGCUCAGAGCCAGAAGGACACAGUGGCGUCCAGCUGAGAAGACACAGGCCAGUUUUUACAGUUAAACCUUCAGACCUUGCGCAGCAACCUAAAGCUCCCGGUGGACGACCACCUCUGGGAAACCUCACCCCUUCCAGCUCCACCUCUUCUCUGACCAGCUGUGCGUCCACAGCAUCUGAAACCUCCAACACUUCCUUCAGGCAUCCCCUGCAACGCCGUAACCCCAUCAUCCCAGACACAGUAAAACUGCCCCAGGGUAUUGUUCCCCAGCAAGCGGCCACCAGUUCACGUCAGACGUUCCCUCCUACUGAAAAUCGAACGAUUGCGUGCCUCAUCCGGAAACGGGAGCAGCCCGGCCGUCGUAAAGACAGCACCCAGUCUUUGUACCUCGACAACCCAGAAUGUGGCCUGCUGCUGCAUUUCUCCUCCUGUCCUCCCUCUGCUUCCUCCUCUUCCUCCUCCAUUGCCACGGCUACACUCCAGCAAAAGGACAUAGAAACCCCCAAGGGUCACAGACGCUUUUCUGACCCGGACAUACCCUACAUGGAUGACGAUGUCUGACCAGGCCUUAACCCAUGUAUACACUCAGAGGAGACGAAUCGCUGCAGGAAGGAUCUGUAUUUUGAAUGUCUGAGAGUGUACAUUUGUUGCAGACUGAAGUGACAAUGUGAGGAACAGUGGCUGUUAUCAGCAGAAAGUCAUUGAGGCGCUAAAAACAUGUCAAAAGUCUUGUGUCAUCCUGUUCGUCAGUAGAAAUACCUGGACAAGUUGUUUCCAAGCACCUUUUCUAUCAUUUUUAAUAUACUGUUGUUACUGUUGGUAAGUACAGUUUGACUACAGGCUGCAUCUUCUGUAGCCUUGUGUAUUUUUUUUUUAUUAUUUGGGCUGGAAAAAGAAAAUAUUGUUCUAGUCAUUUUUCCAUUCUUUCCCAAUGCUCAGAAUUGCUAGCUAGUGCCUUGAUAACCCAUUUCUCACACCGUAAUACCUAAACAGUGCUAAACGGGGGGGUCUAGAAUAAAGAGGGGACCUUUGUCUCAAUUUUCUGUGUAAUGUAAUGAAAUGGAACAAAACGUGUCCAGAACAAGGACCUAAUCAUGCUUUUACCCGUCGCACAGAAUAACACCACAUAGGAAGUCAUUGCUUUCAGUUUGCAAAGGGAAAUGGGAGCAGCACAAGCCACUUUCACCAAUGGAAAAGAAAGAGAAGAACACGAGCCCGACCACGACGCCAUGCCACAACUUCUCCGAUGUCCCUGAGUCAUGGCCUCCUUGGAAAGACGCAACUUUGCUCAGAUGUGGACACUCCCGAUGCUGAUUGAAAUGAAUACUAAUGUUUCUCUGUGGCUGCUGAAUGAUGUUUGUUAGUUUGUGUGGUUCAUGAGGAAGAUGUUGCUGAUGUGUAACGGAGGGUAUGUUUGGGACUGAAUGUUAAGAGCUGUAAUGGUUAUUAGUAUUAACAUGAAAAUACAUGACAUGAUGCUUGUG